GCAACCAUCAUCAUGUUUUCAUGCAUCUGAAUAUAAAACUCCAUCAGGACUGUGAUCGAUUAAAGCGUCAUGUCAACACACACCUCCAGACACACUCGAGGCCGAGGAGCCACACACACCGAGAACGGCUCGGUCACACAGCAGGAGAAUCACACGAGAACGAGAGAGAUGACACAGAGAAACCAAGACAUGGAGAGGAUGAAAGAGGCGGUGAUCAGACAUGUUCAGUCUCGUCUGAAUGAAGUGCUGGAGCGAGCGCUCACUGACUCAAUCCAGUCUCUGUCCACACACACACAAACACACACCGAGCAGACGGGAAGCACCAACAACAGGCACAAACUGGAGCAGGGGAAGGUGUUUAUAGCCAGAUGCUCACUGCUGGAUGAGUUAUUUGAGAUCAGUCACAUCAGGACCAUCUACCACAUGUUCAUCGCAGCUCUAUUCCUGUUCAUCAUGAGCACUUUAGCAGUGGACUACAUCGACCAGGGCAGGCUGGUUCUGGACUUUGAUCUGUUUUAUUACGCGUUUGGUCAGUUGAGUACGGUCGUCUGGGCCUGGACGCUCAUGUUGAGCUACACUCUGCUCGGGCCGUACCACGUUCUGCGGGUCUGGGGCGAACGGGCCCUCAGGAGCCGCUGGAGGACGUGUGUGUGUGCGCUCACGCUGUGUGCUGCGCAGACGAGCAUGCUGGGAAUAUUCCCUGUGUGUGUCGUCCUGCAUUACCAGCUGCCACCCGCAUCUCGAUUCAUCAUCAUAUUAGAACAGAUCAGACUUGUGAUGAAGAGUUACUCGUUUAUCCGUGAAACCGUCCCAGCCGUCCUCAAAAGCUCAACACUGAAGGAUAAAUCUCUGCGAUAUCCGUCACUCUACAGUUAUUUGUACUUCUUGUUUUGCCCGACGCUGAUCUACCGUGAGGAGUAUCCGCGAAACCCGAACAUCAGAUGGAACUACGUUUGCAUGAACUUUCUGAAGAUCUUGGCCAGUCUCUUCUACCUGUACUUCAUACUGGUGCGCUUGUGCAUCCCAGUGUUCAGGAACAACAGCCAGCAGCCGUUCAGCUCACGCUCCCUCAUCCUGAUGCUCUUCCACGCCGCCUUCCCAGGGAUGCUCAUAUUAAUGUUGGGCUUCUAUGCGUUCCUGCACUGUUGGCUCAACGCUUUCGCGGAGAUGCUGCGUUUUGCUGACCGGAUGUUUUACAAAGACUGGUGGAACUCCACUUCUUUCGCUAAUUAUUACCGCACGUGGAACAUCGUCGUACACGACUGGCUUUAUUAUUACGGCUACAGAGACUUCAUCCGGCUGUCGGGUUAUAAACUGCGCUCGAUGGCCACACUGAGUGUCUUUGCCGUUUCUGCAUUAGUUCAUGAAUACGCCUUCACUAUGGGCUUCGGGUUCUUCUACCCGGUGAUGUUCUGCACAUUCGCGGGUAUCGGUGUGGUGUUUAACUUCGCCAUGAACGACAGCCGGAAGAGCCCGGUGUGGAACAUCAUCAUGUGGAUGUGUCUGUUCAUCGGCCAGGGCGUGCACGUGUGCCUGUACUGUCUGGAGUGGUACGCGCAGAUCCACUGCCCGCGCACUGGGACGAGCUUCUGGGAGCUAGUGACGCCACGAUCAUGGACGUGUAAUUACCAGUGACAUCAUCACAGCGACUUCAUCAGCAUCAAUAUUUACUUCUGGUAAUGACCAUGUGCUUUGUGA